CCCUGUGUGUUGGUGUUUUCUGUCUUCUGUCCUGUGUUCUCUUCCCUCCUUCCAAAACCUCCCCAUAAAAAGAAGAUGCAUGACAGCAUGCUCAGAAAUCUCUUUCCUUUCCUUUCCUUAGCCCUUCCUGCCUGGCUCCUUCAGAUACCAACCUCACCAAUCCAUCAUCUUCUUCUUCAUCGCUGUGCAGCUACACACUCUCACUGUGUGGAGACGAGACAGAGAGAGAGAGAUCACGUAGCAGCAUAAGAGGAGGAGAGGAGAGGACAGCGGCAAUGGUGUAGAGCAGCUAGAAGAAGAAGAACGCCGGUGUGUAGUAGGCCAUGGCGGCAACCUUCUACGGCGUCGGCAGCAUUGCACUCGCCAUGCACGAGGACGAUGAGGAGGAAGGGUCUGGGAGGGUCUUUGGGUUCGCCGCCGGCGAUCUUGUCCGGCCGGCGGUCGUCACCCAGCAGUUGUUCCCGAUGACGGCGGCGGCGGCGGCGGUGGUGCCGGAGUCGACGGAGCAGCGCCACGUUGCCGCCGCCGCCGAGCAGUGGGCCCGGCCGCCAUCGAGGAAGACGCGGCGGGGCCCCCGGUCCAGGAGCUCGCAGUAUCGCGGUGUCACCUUCUACCGCCGCACCGGCCGCUGGGAGUCCCACAUUUGGGAUUGUGGGAAGCAGGUGUACUUGGGUGGAUUCGAUACGGCACAGGCUGCUGCAAGGGCUUAUGACCAGGCUGCAAUCAAGUUCCGUGGAGUGGAGGCAGACAUCAACUUCACCCUGGAUGACUACAAGGAGGACAUAAAGAAGAUGAACAACUUCAGCAAGGAGGAGUUCGUUCAGGUUCUCCGGCGACAGGGCGCCGGCUUCGUCAGGGGGAGCUCGCGGUUCAGAGGUGUCACCCUGCACAAGUGCGGCAAAUGGGAGGCCAGGAUCGGCCAGCUCAUGGGCAAGAAGUACGUGUACCUUGGCCUGUAUGACACGGAGAUGGAGGCUGCCAAGGCUUAUGACAAAGCGGCGAUCAAGUGCUGUGGCAAGGAGGCUGUGACCAACUUUGACACCCAAGCGUACGAGGACGAGCUCAACCUGCAAUCUUGGGAUAGCGAGCUUGAUCUUGAGCUCAGCCUCGGGUGCUCCGGUGGCGAACGGGCCGCCGGCGAGGUCCUCCACUCUGCACCAAGCAACCAGAGGACGAGCCUGACGUUCAUGCUGCCGGAGGAGGAGGAGAUGACCGCCUGCCACCGUCAGAGGAGCAUCUGGGCUAGGCCUUCCUUGGCUCCGGCGAUGCCGGACGGCGGCGCGGUCAUCCGCCCUGAUCAGCAUCAGCAUCACCCCAGUAGCCGGAACAUGCUCCUGAUGAGCCAGGUCAUCAGCAGCAGUGGCGGAGGAGGAGGAAGCGGCAGGCAGGGCGCAGCAGAGCUACACAUGCGUCCGCGCCAUGGCUGGUCCAGCGGCGGCAAUAAUUGGGCGCCGCCGUACGCCGCCCGGCCCCGGCUGCCCGGCGCCGAAGACGACGAAGACGACGACAGCGCCGCUGCAGCAUCAUCAGGAUUCCCCAUGGGGCAGGUGGCCACGGCGUCGUCCCCGUCCAGGCCCAGCAGCAGCAGCUGCAGCAGCAGGAGGAGCAGCACUGCCGCUGCCACUGCAACUACUGGCCGCUGAAUCAGUGGGCUCUCAGCUCGCUGCCUGACUGAUCUGCCACCUGCCAAGCUGGGCACGCCGUGUUGCCUAGGAUUCUUCUUAGCUGCAGGAAGCCGACGACCUGAUGUUCCCCCCUCGGGGCGCCGCGCCGCCGCCGCCGCCGCCGCCGGCGCCGAUGACGACGAAGAUGGCCGGAUUCUCGUUUUUGGUAGGGCAGCCUCGGUGCAUAUCGAUCCCGGCACGGCCGGCGCCGGCAUUAGCAGAUAAUAUUUGUACCGUGGACGACCCGUAGUGCAUGCGCAGAUAGAUCGAUAGAUCGCCAUGCUUGGAAAGAUUCGAGCGGGUUGCAUUCAAGCUUUGGAAUUUUUUUGUUUGAACUGUUGGGUUUCCCUGCAGUAAUGGAAUGGAAUUUUACCAUGGA